UUUCAGUUGGGAGUUUUCAACCGUCACUCACCUGAGCUCGGCAGCUUUUGCCGUGAGUAUCAACCACCGUCCGUACAGAAACAAAAAUCCCCAAAUGAAAACCCUAAUUUCCCAAUUCUACAUCAACUAUUCCAAGCCCCAAUUCUCACCUCCCCCUUUCCUCUUCCACUUUCCAAAUCAAAACCAAACCUUUCUCCCCAUUUCCAGACCAAACUGCCCUCUCAAUCCCAACAGAUUCUCCGCCGUCAAAGCUCACCGGACUUCGGAACCCUCGAGCUACGGCGGCUGGGAGGACCUCAAACCCGUCGCCGGCGACUCGGAUCAGCUCCGUAAGUUCCUGACCUCUACCGGAAUCGAUGAUAGAAAGCAUGUGUUUGUGUUCUUCUUAGGCCUUGUCUGUGCUUUCGCAAUUUCUAGGGUUAGGGUUUCGUCCAUUGUUGUGCUUCCGGCUUCGGUUUUGAUUUUUAGUAUUGGAUUCUCGGUUGGGUUUGUUCGUAGUGAAAUGAGCUUGGGUGGGAGCAAGAGAAGGAGUAAAGAUGAGAGCUUGGUUGGUUAUGGUGAGAGGUUGAGGAGUUUGGUGGAGGUUUUUGAUGGGUUUAGAAAUAGAGUUGAUGAUUUGAAGUGUGAGAUACAGAGGGCUAUUGAUUCGAGAGGGAUUACGGUUAGGGACUUGGAGGGUUAUGUUGAGGCAAUGGAGAGUGUUGGCGUAGCGGCAUCGGGUGGUAGGAGCAUUGUUGAGGAGUGUGUUGAGAAUUUGGCUAGGUACAAUGUUGGGUUUGCGGAGAACCAGAAGACGAGUAAGAGGAAGAAAGAGCCGGCUGAGAUUGGAUAUGCGGUGUGGGAGUACAUUGGGGAGUUAUUUAAGGAGAAAUUGGCUGAUCAAAAGGCUAGUAGAGUGAAGAACAGUGUGAAGCGAGAGAGUGUGGAGAAAAUGGGGGUUGAUCAAUCUAGAGUGAACGGUUUGGUUGCUAAUAAAGCGGAAAAUAAUGAUAAAGAAAUGGUGUUUGAUUCUGUUGAUGAUGGUGUGGGGAUUGCAAAUUUUGGUCAUGCUGAAGAUAAGUUCGAGAGGGCUGCUUUGGAUGGAACUAGAAAUGGAAGAGUCAAGCUUGCUUCAUCAAAUCAAAAUGUAGGUUCAGAGGAGGUGAGUUGGCGUACUGACAGAGCUGCAGGAAGCAAAGAGUAUAAUUAUAAGAAUAGUAGACCGCCGUUUAUGAGCGAUGGUCAUAUCUCUUCGAAGAUGGGUCAUAAUUAUCGUAAAGAAAUGUGGGAAUCCAAUGACAAUCUGCUUGAUUCUGUUGAUUUUAGUGUCAGAAUGAAACAUAUGGAAACUGAAGCUUCCUUUGUGCAAGAACAAAUGCUUAAGGAAUCUGAUGGGGUUCACACAUCUUCUUUUAUCAAUGAAAAUAGUGAAGAUCAGACUUAUGUGCCUCAGAUUGGACAAAAGAGAGUAAAUCACGAAGAAAAUUUCCCUUUGGAUGAUCCAAUGUCUGAAAAUGAGAGUGAACUCCCUUCACUUUCAUCUUCGUCGAUUUCAGAAGAUGUAUUGUUUGAUAGAUAUGUUACAGAAGCAAAUGAUCUUAUAAAACAAGCCAAAGAAUAUAUAAAGGCUACACAUAAUGAAGAGCGUGCAGAGAUUGUGUUGUACAGGUCGGCAAAAUUACUGUCUAAAGCUAUCACUAUGAAGCCCAUGAGUUUGUUGGCUGUGGGCCAAUUAGGCAACACUUACCUUCUUCAUGGAGAGAUGAAGUUAAGGAUUAGUCGUGAGUUGAGAAUGCACCUUACAAGAAGUGACCCCUCUUCAGUUGAGAAGUGGAUUAGUAUGCAUGAUAAAAUAACUAGUAAAGAUGAUAUUGCAUCUGUCCUCAUAAACACAUGUGAAGAGUGUGAAGAACUUCUUGUGGAAGCAGGCAGAAAGUAUAGACUGGCAUUGUCAAUUGAUGGGAAUGAUGUACGAGCCCUAUAUAACUGGGGUCUUGCCCUUACCUUCCGUGCACAAUUGAUUGCAGACAUUGGACCUGGAGCAGCUUUUGAUGCAGAUGAACUGUUUUUGGCUGCAAUCGAUAAGUUCAAUGCCAUGAUGUCUAAAGGAAAUGUGCAUGCACCUGAUGCUUUGUUUCGAUGGGGCAUGGCACUACAGCAAAGAUCACGCCUACGGCCUAGCAAUGGUAAAGAGAAGGUGAAGUUGCUGCAACAGGCAAAGAGGCUGUAUGAAGAUGCACUUAAUAUGGAUUCAGACAAUGUCCAAGUAAGACGAGCCUUAUCAUCAUGUAUUUCUGAGCUUAGUAGUAGGCACCUUUACUUCUAACAAAACCCUAAACUGACUAGUUGCUGCUGCAUCACUUCUCCCUUGUAGUAGUUCCCCACUUUCUUUUUCUUCUCUCUUUUUCAAAUUUUGUCCACAUCUGUGUGCGAAAUAAGUUGCUGCAGAUUGUUCUUUUUUGAUGAUAUAAAACCCAUAUACAAAAAUAGAAAUAAAAGUGUGGACAAGAGGAAUGUACAAGAAAUAUCCAUUCUGGCUGAAUUAUAGAAAGUGUAAUUUACUUCUUGGCACUUGAUGAAUUGGUUGUUAAAGAAAUUGGAGGAAGGGGUAGGUAUGAUAAUACAAAGUGAGGGUUGGCUAUGUCAUGAGGCUGAAAAUGUGUUGCUGUAUGUUAUUUUAAAACUUCUGCAGUGUUUACCUGCUGAUCCCAAUUUCCAGUGUAUAAGAAUGUAUUUGCUACUACUGGAAUUGUAGCAAAGUUGAACUAUUGGUAUCUUUCCUU